AUGGCGCCAGAAAGGAAACCACCUAUUAUCCUUCCCCCCUCGAACCCCGCAAGCGACAUCACUAAAUCAGCAGCCUUCAUCUUUGUACAUGGCUUCGGUGAUGAUGCAGAGGGUUUAGAAGGCAUAGCACGCCAAUUUCAAUCUGCUGCCAAACUACCACACAUUACUUGGGUCCUCCCGAACGCCCUACACAACCAUGAACUAGCAGCUACUGCAUGGUAUAUGCCAACAAGCCUAUCUCCUUAUCCACCCUCGCGGCCAGAGCUUGUAGAGGACGAAGAUAAAGACGGGAUAAUGGGUACUGUGGCUUAUAUCACGACCCUCGUCGACAAUCUAGUUGCACAGGGCGUACCAGAGAAAAGGGUUGUCGUGGGGGGCUUCUCCCAAGGCCAUGCCAUGGCUUUGCUGACGGGAUUGAUAUCGAAAUAUUCGGGUAGACUUGGAGGUUUGGUAGGACUAUCAGGGUAUCUGCCUUUGGCGGAGCAGAUAACACAGCUACGAGAAGAGGCUGGGCUACCGAAGGAAGCGAGGGACGAUGUGGAAAUCUUCUUAGCAAGAGGAACUGGAGAUAGGAUGGUACCGAAACGAUAUCACCGCUUAUGCUGUGAAGCAUUAUAUGAGCUGGGUAUUAAGGAAGAACAAGUGACUGUACACGAGUAUGAAGGUAUGGGACACGUUAUGAACGGAGCCGAGUUAAGAGACUUGUGUAGCUGGCUAGAGAAGGUGAUACCUGUGAUUGAUUAG